CUGCUGGAUUCCUGGGGUGGGUACGAGCCCCUCACCUGGGCCCUGUGCACUCAUUGAUCAUGUAACUGGGGUCCCUGCUUCUUUUAUCUAGAGCUGGGAGGAGAAGUCGUACAUGUCAGGCAGCAGGGUUCUGGCCCCUACCCCGAUUCCCUUAUCUCCAGCCGGGGCCGGGGCCCACCCUCCAUGGACUUUCUCUGGCGCCCCCAGACACCGAAGCGGCAGCAGCGACAGCCCGGGUGGUGCUUCAUGCUGGAUGUGUAUUUUCAGAAGCUGCGGGGGACGUCAUGUGUAUAAAAUUAGCAUUGCCUUGUUGGCCCCUUUCAGACUAAUUCGGAGUGAAAUGUUUUAGCAAUGGUGGGCUGAUUCUAUCAGGAGGACAAGAACUAAUUAAAUUCCCUCUGACCAUCAAGCAGUAAAUUAUUUAUAUCCAGACAGAUGCAAUCUAAUCUCUAGCAUCCAACGAAACCCAACAUGCAUGCUACUUGAUUUUUCAAGGGGAGAGGAAGAAAAAAGACAAGGCUCAAGUACUCAAGAGAGGAGAGAGACGGCGGAGAGAGCCACAGGACUCUGGCCCGAGAGGCACUCAGCUCCCUGUGUGGAUGGGGAAGCCGCAGACUCGGGUUGAAAUUCUGUCUCUGAGACGCUAACAAUCUUCCUGCAGUCGCUGCUCCUCCCCAGCAGCCCCCUCCUUGCCAAGGACGGUCCAGAAGGAGCCCCACUGGGGCCUCCCCGCACAGCAAAGCAGACCUCACCUCCCACUACCAGCGUGAAGUCAGAACAGCCAGAGGAAAUUCUGCCACCAUUUUCCCAGAGCUGGUCUGCAGCCCCUCCGUCUGGGAACCUGCUCCUGGAGUCAGCCCUCUGCAAACAGAGAGCCCAGAGUGCCUCGGGGAAAAUUGGCUGAAUAAAAGAGCGAUCAGGACGCCACGGCUCCGCCUGAAGCAAUGGCCCAGCCCUACCCCCCUGCCCAGUACCCCCCUCCGCCACAGAACGGCAUCCCUGCCGAGUAUGCCCCGCCCCCGCCGCACCCCACGCAGGACUACUCCGGCCAGACCCCGGUCCCCUCAGAGCAUGGCAUGACCCUGUACACACCAGCACAGACCCACCCCGAGCAGCCAGGCUCCGAGGCCAGCACACAGCCCAUCGCCGGGACCCAGACAGUGCCGCAGACAGACGAGGCGGCACAGACGGACAGCCAGCCGCUCCACCCCUCCGACCCUACAGAGAAGCAGCAGCCCAAGCGGCUACACGUCUCCAACAUCCCCUUCCGGUUCAGGGACCCCGACUUGCGGCAAAUGUUCGGGCAAUUCGGAAAAAUUUUAGACGUGGAGAUCAUUUUUAACGAGCGGGGCUCCAAGGGUUUUGGGUUUGUAACUUUUGAAACUAGCUCAGAUGCUGACCGAGCCCGGGAGAAGCUGAAUGGGACGAUCGUAGAGGGACGGAAAAUUGAGGUCAAUAAUGCCACGGCCCGAGUCAUGACCAACAAGAAGACGGGGAACCCCUACACCAACGGCUGGAAGCUAAAUCCAGUGGUCGGCGCAGUCUAUGGGCCUGAAUUCUAUGCAGUGACGGGGUUCCCCUACCCCACCACCGGCACAGCUGUUGCCUACCGGGGCGCACAUCUUCGGGGCCGGGGCCGGGCCGUGUAUAAUACGUUUCGGGCUGCGCCACCCCCACCCCCCAUCCCGACUUAUGGAGCGGCACUGGAGCAAACGCUUGUUAAAAUGCCAGUCCCAUGGGCGGGGCUGGCACCGUGCCCCCUCCCUCCUCAGCAGACACCGGAGCCGGCCUACCCCACCUCUCCAGCGUUCCCACCACUUUCUUGUCCGUUUGCUUCCAGGGUCGUGUAUCAGGAUGGAUUUUAUGGUGCUGAGAUUUAUGGAGGCUACGCAGCCUACAGAUACGCUCAGCCCGCUGCAGCGGCAGCCGCCUACAGCGACAGUUACGGCAGAGUCUACGCAGCUGCCGACCCGUACCAUCACACCAUCGGGCCCGCGGCAACCUACAGCAUUGGAACCAUGGCUAGCCUCUGCCGAGGAGGGUACAGCCGCUUCACCCCCUACUAGCAAGAGACCCAGCCCCUAACAGCAUUCACACUGACUGUCUAUUACACACCAAACCCAACAGCCCAAAACCAGGCACAGCCACCAGAAGACAGUGCACCCCUCCCGGUCAGCGCCACGCACGGCUGGCCCUCUGCGACGCUAAAAUCCAUAGAUUUUUCUCUCCAGCCAGUUGGUCUCCCCACCCCACCUGUGCUGGUGUGUGUGUCUUUGACCCUGGUUUUUCCUGUAUGUCUGAAACUGUGAUUUCCUAUUUUGACUUUGUUGAUGUUGUACUACCCGAGCCAUUGCAGGUACGGUAUGCACACCGUGGGGUCCAGGCUGGGCCAGGAGACCAGGCAGCCCCCGACCCGGGAGUAGCGGUAGUGCCCUAUGAGGGCAAGAGCCACGUUUCCUGGCCUCCUGGGCUGCACAGAACGACAGAAACGCCCGGCAGGGCCUCCCCCAAAGCCACCCCGCCAGCCCCGUGCCACGGCCCUAGUAUCCAGCACCCUGAUGUAGGGAGGGAGGGGCUCCGGGCACCCAGUGUGGGUCUCCCCGGCCUGAGGGUGCUCCCGCGGGCUUUCACCCAGCCAACCACAGGAGUAGCCAUGCCCCUCCUUGCCCCAUUCAGCUGAAAUUAAUAUUUUUAAUUAAAUUUUAUUGAUGAUAUAUCUUGCCGACUAGUCACAAGCACGUCGCGCAGUGUGCAAACUGCCGUGGUCACGCCAGUCUCCGCGACUCCUUAACACGGCCGCAGCAGAAAAUGGAAAUGUGGAAAGGCGUGUCCUGGCCCCCCCCUCAAGGCGCCCCUUAGCACCGCAGGGCCAAGGCCAGGCCAGCCCUGCAGGGAGGUUGUCCUGGAGGCACAGCCUACUUUCCCUGUCCCCAAGCUCCGAAAUGUCUUUAUUGGGGUAUAUUCUGGAAGGAGGGGUCCUCAGCAGGCGAGCCGAUGAGGGGCAGAAUGCACCCUUCCUCAGGCCCUCCCCUGAGCACAGGCCAGUCAGCCCCCUCCCUGCAUUAGGGAGACUGCGGGCAGGGCACUGUGGCCUGCGGGCCGCUCCUUCCUCAGCCCUGGGACUGGCCAGCCCGGCGCAUGGCGCUUCUGGGGAGACGCUGGCUGGGACCUCAGUUGAGCAGAGCCCUGGGUAGCUGCUGGCCUGCCUGGGAAAAGCCAGCCAAGACAGGCACAGUCCUUUCCUGGGGCUGGCCUGGGGCACACACAUCUGUACCCCCAUGACAGGGAAAAGUAGCCUCAGGUUCUGAGUGUGCCAUGGCUGGGCUCCUGGGGCUAGAAGGCCAGCUGGAGGGUGUGGGUUCCCCACCAGCCAGGGCUGAAGUCCUGCCACCCACCAGGCCCUCGCCGUGGGGGGCCUGGCUCCCCCACCUCCCGUGGCCAGAGCAUCACCUUCUGCUAUCUCAUCCAGGCCACCUCGAGGCCUGUGUUGGCCCAGCCUCUCCACUCACUCUGCCCCGCUCAGCUCUGUCUCCUCCUCAUGGCCCCAGGUGUCUCUUCCCAUCCCGGGCUGCCUGGGCCUCAACCUGGUGUCCACCCACACUCACCCCUGGAAGAUCAGGGUCCUGGAAGCUGGGGGGCAGGUGUGGCGGCGCCAGGACUCUAGGCCAGGGGCCCCAUGCCACGCCGUCCUGUCGCCCUCACACCUGCCACGCCUCCCCCUGGGAAGCUGCAAGUCCUGCCUUUCUGUUUCUGUUGUAGUGAAACCUUCCACCGUUUCCUUCUCGGACCAUGAAGGGCAAAAACAAAAAAACAAAAAAAAUCACAAAACAAAAAAAACAAAAAAAGAUGUUAAGAUCCAAGCAACAAAAAAAAAAAACAACCAAACCAAGAGGCAUCCAACCAAGUCCAAGUCCCGCGUCCUGGCCACACGCCCGCACCGAGGGAGCACGCCGGCAGGGGCGCUGAGGAGCGGCCCCGGGACUGGACGGCCCCACCGCGUCCUGGCUGGCAGCGCAGUGGGAACACGCCCCUCCAUCUCAGGCAGUGGGGGAGUUGGAGGGGAAGGGGCCUCCCUUGCGGGGCCCGUGGGGGGCUCUGUUUUCCAUCCAGUCUUCCUUUCCCAGCCCCCAACUCCCAAGGCGGUGUGGAGCCCAGCGGCGGCAGAGCAGGCCCGGGGCCUGAGCAGGGAGGUGCUGCUAGCAAGACUUGAUCUUUGUGGCCAGCUGUGCCGGGGGGCCGGCGGGGCUGGGGGGUGCGGGCAGCUUUCAUCCCAGGGGCUCCACUGGGCCCCAUCACCCUCGUGUCGUGUCCCCUGCGUCCCACCUCCCCCAUGCCCGGCAGUCCCGCCCGUGCCCCCAGCCUGGCGAGGAAGCCGUCCAACAGUAGCCCCGGGACCAACUCCUGACAGGAAGGGCUGAUGUGGCUCCAGGACUCAGGCGCUCCAUGGGAGGAUGAAGGAAGUCCAGCCAGCCAGGAGCCACUCCUCACACCUCCGAGUGUGGCCAAGUGGGCCCUGAGGCCAAGGACUUGCUCUUCCUGGCCACCUCUCCCUUUCUGGAGGUGGCCUGGGGCCUGUGCACACCAAGGCUGACCUCGUGCUGCCUGCUGGGACCCAGCCCUCCCUGCCGCUCCCCUGCGAGCCCAGUCCACUGUGGGCGGCCAGGGACGGGCCAGUGCCCAGCUGCGCCUCAAGGUUGGGAGUCUCAGUGGCUGUGGGCCUGGACCGGCACAGCCAGAGCAGAGGCCCAUGGGAAGGGCAAGGGAUGGGGAAGCCUGGGCCGGCCCCUUCGCUGCUCCCAAGGCAGGUGUCCAGGUGGCAGGAGCAGCCAAGCUCACCUGGUGGGAGGAGCAGAGCAGGUGGCAGGGAGGAGCUCCUGGCAAGGCAGGGAGCACAGAAGUAGGGAAGCAGCAAAAAAUACAGGCUCCCGACGUGACUCCACUGUCUCAUGAAACGUCAAAAAUUUAAAAAUACACCUCACUUUCUAUUCAGCAUCAGCUACUGAAGCUAUCGAAAUGGAAUUCUCCUUUUCUAUUCCCGUUGUACAUAGCCCCACGCCCUGCCUCUGGCUUUGUCCUCUGUACAGAGCCCCCGUCCCCUCUGCUGUUCCGGACCCUUUUCUUGCAGCAGCUCAACCCCCUGACUCAGAUCCCCAGGACUGCAGCCGAGCCCCGGGCUUCCUUUCUUACCAUUCUGUAUGCUUCCAAGGUGUGACCAUUCCAACUAACAGUAUUAUUAAGAUGAUUAAUAAAGAUUUCUUUCUUCAAACCAGGA